AUGCCCUGCCAGAAACGAAAAGGUCUGCCCCAGGACCCCUUUGAAGGCCUUCAAGACGAGAACAAUACCGGAAAGCCACCCGCUCUUAGGCGACCAAGGUUCGAGGGCCCCAAUGACGACCCAAAUAUUGGUAUUGUGGAUGUGAACGAUCACCUCGGGCGAUCUAUUCAUCGCAUGUUACUUAGCAAAGUAGCCCUUCCUACUAACGUGGAUGACGAUGCCUACGAGGAUGAUGACGUCCUGCAAAAGAGCCCUAACGAGCUUCACCAGGAACUACGCAGGCAUAUCACAGAUAUCAAACAGGGGCUCGAACAGCCAUACAAGGAUUUUAUUCACGAACAUAUUAUAGAUGAACUCGCUCGCAUGGUCUAUGGGUCCAAUAUGAUCGAGCAUGUGGGCGGAAGUCUCGACAUCACAUUGAAGCUCUGCAAAGAUGCCUUUCGAGGAGGCAAAGAACCGCCCGAAGAGAUUAGCGAACACGACCCAGAAUAUGAACAGCUCGAUCUCUAUCUCUACAACAAGGACCUGCCUUGCAAACAUGCCGAUAUCCUUCAAGCUUACCGAGAAAUCGUUCAACAUGCCAAGGCUGCCAGAUUCAUGAUCGAGCAAGUCUGUAUCAACGACAAGGACUUAUCGGAGCAUGUUAUCACGCAAGCCCACGGUGACCUGACGUACAAGAUCGAAAUCAGCAAGCAUAUACCUUGGAACGAAUACAGUGGACAGUAUCGAUUAUGGAAUGUCCAGUGUGGUUCCCACGUCUUCAUGGACCACAGCAAAGUCCGCAUUGCGAUGCGCGACAUGAUAGAGGAACUAGAGUUUGACAUCAAGAAGGCUACGGAGAAAGGACAAAUCGACCCGGUAGCGCUUGCGAGUAAGUACUGCCAUCAGUUUGUUAACAUUCAUCCGUUUGGAGACGGCAACGGCAGAAUGUGCCGCCUUAUUCUUAACACUCUCCUCAUCAAGUACGGCGGGUAUCCCAUCGUCAGCAUUGGGCAGGAUGGCAGAGAUCGACAGGAGUAUUUGCGUAUCGCCGUGGCGCAAAGUAUGAAGCAGCUUGCGUUUUUCACACUGCGACAUGCCUGUGAUAGCAUGCUUAGGUUGAAGGAGGCAACAAAACUUAGGGGAUCUAUCCUAAGUGAUGACAAGACUUAG